AUUUGAAAAUGAACUACUUCUGUUCUUGAUUUCGCCCAAUACCAAUUAAUAAAUGACCUAAUUUUCCCGCCAAACAGAACUUUGAUCGAUCGCUUGUAAAAAAGACUAAAAGAUGCUUAAGUAUCUCUGUCAAACCCUAAAAUCAUCACCCAGAAACCCCAAAUCAAUGAUUCCAAUUUCUCAUUUCCAAAACCGCAAGAAAACCCAACUCUCGAAUCCGGCCAUAGAUUUCAUAUUGGAUGAAUGUGCAGACCUCCCGUCAUCAAACCCCAUUAAAAAACCAACACAAGAUACACCGAAAACCGCAGAACCAGUUGACGCUGAAACCUCGAGUAUUGUGAUUUCACAUCACUGGCCGGAAUGGGUUGUGUUGAUGCAGAAGCUGAUGAAAAACGGUUACUUCGAUGUCGUCGGGAAUCCAUUUCGAAGUGGAGAGUUGAUCCAUGGGAAGGGUUGUAAUCAAAUUCGAACCGCUUGUCUUAACUUUGCUCGUGAUCGGCCUGAUCUCAUGAGUUACUUGACGAGAGGGGACAUACACGCGGUUGCCGGAUCUGGCUGCCCCAGCAUAGAUCGGAAAGUUGUGAACUCUGGCAAACGGCUAAGGGCACACAUGGGUAUUCACGAAGGAAAUGUUUGCAGCAGUUGCAUUUUGAGGGGAAACUGUGAGAGAGCAUAUGUGAAGCCACGUGAAGAUGAAGGUGGUCGGACUGUUGAUGUGAUGCGUUUUGUACUCACCUAUGGCCUUCAUCGUCUCAAUGAUUCACCAGAUAAUGAACCUUUUACGAACAAAAGGUUUGAGGAAGCAAUCAGAAGUUUAAUCAGAGAUAUGGUGAAGUAUAGCAAGGAAAAACUUGAUUUUUAUACUUCAAAACGUGCUCCAUCUGUUCAGAGAAAUACAAAAAAUCGUUGUGAAUUCCAUGAAAGACUUGAAACAUCAGGAGACAAUUGGGAUCACGUUGAGCUGCAAAGGGGAGAUUGGCUAUGUAAAAGAUGCAGUUUUCUAAAUUUUGCCAAGAACACAAGAUGUUUGCAGUGCCAUACAAACCCACCAAAGAGACAACUCAAUCCAGGGGAAUGGGAGUGUGACUCAUGCAACUACAUAAACUUCAGGAGAAACACAGCAUGCUUGAAAUGCGAUCAUAAACGCCCAAAAGCAUUCAGAUAGUUGGAUUUGGAUUCGAUCAAAAGAUGAGAGUAAUUUUUCAUAUCACAACAAGUAUACAUACAUGUAUCACUGUGUUUUGUUCUAUUCUAUUCUAUACAACAUGUAAAUAAUAAUAUGAAUACAACAAUCCAUUUUUUACUAUUACAUCAACCUGUUUUGUUAUCGAUUCUGUAGAAAUUGGUCAACGUCUUUCCGUCAAGCUCCUUCCUGAAAAAUCUUCCGAUGUAAUCUGCAUAUGUAAAUUCCUUGUAAACCGCCGGUUUCUCAGCAGAUAUCACCUCCGGGAACGGCCCAUACGUGCCCUCUCGGUUGCUUGGAUUGAAAAACACGGCAACAGAGACACGUGCACCUUCAACAGGGUUUGCCAAUACUCGAUGUUCCACGCUUUUGUAUUCAUCAUUAGACAUCAUCUAUGCCAUAAAUUAAUACAAUUUUUUAUACGAUUCCGAUCAUGUGUUUCGAUUAAUUUAUAUAUAAAACAAACGUACCUGAAGCAGAUCGCCGAUGUUGAUAACAACGGCGCCGGGGACUGCCUCGACGUCAGCCCAGUCGUCACCACACUUGACCUGCAACAAUCCACCGACCUCGUUCUGCACCAGGACGGUUAGUGCGCCGGGAUCGGUGUGGGCGGUGAGCCCCACCGUGAGAUCUGGCUGUGGGCACCGGGGAUAAUAAUGGGAAGCAUCUACCCUUG